AAGACAGCCCCCUCGGAACCGGAAGUGGAGCCUGGGAGCCUUGACGUUAGGAACGAAGUCGAACCUGGAUCUGGAGCCGGGUGAGACCAAGUUGGGGAUGCUCUCAUAAUGAAUGUCAACCAGUCAGCUCCACCUGUGCCGCCAUAUGGGCAGCCCCAGCCUGUCUACCCAGGGUAUCAUCAAUCCAGCUAUGGUGGGCAACCAGGGUCCACAGCCCCUCCCAACACGUAUGGAGCCUACAAUGGGCCAGUACCGGGCUACCAGCAAACACCUCCUCCAGGUGUGUCAAGAGCCCCACCUUCUUCAGGGGUGCCUCCAGCCUCUACAGCACAGGUCCCUUGUGGCCAGGGAGGAUAUGGCCAGUUUGGCCAAGGAGAUGUACAGAAUGGGCCUAGCUCCACUGUUCAAAUGCAAAGGCUCCCUGGGUCUCAGCCAUUUGGGUCAGCCCCAUUGGCCCCUGUGGUCAGCCAGCCAGCUGUGCUUCAGCCCUAUGGCCCUCCCCCGACAAGUGCACAGGUGACUGCUCAGAUGGCUGGAAUGCAGAUCAGUGGUUCUGUGACCCCAGCCCCUCCCCCUUCAGGGUUGGGCUAUGGCCCACCAACAUCACUGGCGUCAGCCUCAGGAAGUUUCCCUAACUCUGGUCUGUAUGGCUCCUGUCCUCAAGGCCAGGCUCCUCCCCUUAGCCAGGCCCAGGGUCAUUCUGGGGCUCAGCCUCCACAGAGAUCUGCCCCUCAGCAGGCCUCCAGCUUCACACCCCAAGCUUCGGGGGGUCCUCGGAUGCCUUCAAUGACUGGUCCACUCCUGCCUGGACAGAGUUUUGGGGGACCCCCACUGAAUCAGCCCAACCAUGUGUCCUCACCUCCUUCUCAAGCUCUGCACCCUGGCACGCAGAUGGCUGGGCCCCCAGGACCACCACCCCCUAUGCACUCCUCCCAGCAGCAAGGCUAUCAGCUGCAACAAAAUGGUUCCUUUGGACCAACCCGGGGCCCUCAGCCCAAUUAUGGAAGUCCCUAUCCAGGAGCACCCGCUUUUGGCAGUCAGCCUGGGCCUCCUCAGUCACUGCCUCCUAAGCGCCUGGAUCCUGAUGCCAUCCCGAGCCCUAUUCAGGUCAUUGAGGAUGACAGGAACAACCGGGGUUCAGAGCCAUUUGUUACUGGAGUACGAGGCCAGGUGCCACCCUUAGUUACCACCAACUUCCUAGUGAAAGACCAAGGAAAUGCAAGUCCCCGAUACAUUCGAUGCACAUCCUAUAAUAUCCCUUGCACAUCUGACAUGGCUAAGCAGGCUCAGGUCCCCCUGGCAGCUGUCAUCAAGCCACUGGCAAGGCUGCCCCCAGAAGAGGCUUCACCGUAUGUCGUUGACCAUGGGGAAUCUGGCCCUUUGCGCUGCAAUCGCUGCAAAGCAUACAUGUGCCCUUUCAUGCAGUUCGUUGAGGGAGGGAGACGCUUCCAGUGCUGCUUUUGCAGCUGUAUCAAUGAUGUUCCCCCUCAGUAUUUUCAACAUCUGGAUCAUACCGGCAAACGUGUGGAUGCUUAUGAUCGUCCUGAGCUAUCCCUGGGCUCCUAUGAAUUCUUGGCCACUGUAGAUUACUGCAAGAACAAUAAGUUCCCCAGCCCUCCUGCCUUCAUCUUCAUGAUUGAUGUCUCCUACAAUGCCAUCAGGAGUGGUCUUGUUAGGCUCCUCUGUGAGGAGCUUAAGUCACUGUUAGACUUUCUACCGAGGGAGGGUGGAGCGGAAGAGUCAGCAAUCCGAGUUGGCUUCGUCACCUACAAUAAGGUGCUCCACUUCUACAAUGUGAAGAGCUCAUUGGCCCAGCCACAGAUGAUGGUCGUAUCUGAUGUGGCUGACAUGUUUGUGCCACUGCUGGAUGGCUUCCUGGUCAGUGUCAGUGAGUCUCGGGCAGUCAUCAUCAGCUUAUUGGAUCAGAUUCCAGAAAUGUUUGCAGACACAAGAGAGACAGAGACAGUAUUUGCCCCAGUUAUCCAGGCUGGGAUGGAGGCACUGAAGGCUGCCGAAUGUGCAGGGAAGCUGUUUAUAUUCCACACCUCCCUGCCCAUUGCCGAGGCCCCAGGGAAACUGAAGAACAGAGAUGACAGGAAGUUGAUCAACACAGACAAAGAGAAGACGCUGUUCCAGCCUCAGACAGGCGCUUACCAGGCCCUGGCCAAAGAGUGUGUGGCCCAAGGUUGCUGUGUAGACCUCUUCCUCUUCCCUAACCAGUAUGUUGAUGUGGCAACGCUCUCUGUUGUACCCCAGCUCACUGGUGGCUCUGUCUACAAAUAUGCUUGCUUUCAGGUGGAGAAUGAUCAGGAGCGGUUCAUGAGUGACCUGCGUCGGGAUGUAGAGAAGGUCGUUGGCUUUGAUGCUGUGAUGCGAGUCCGGACGAGCACUGGUAUCCGUGCUGUAGAUUUCUUUGGGGCUUUCUACAUGAGCAACACAACAGAUGUGGAGCUGGCUGGACUGGACGGGGAAAAGACAGUGACUGUGGAAUUCAAGCAUGAUGAUCGGCUCAAUGAAGAGAGUGGAGCCCUCCUGCAGUGUGCCCUGCUCUACACCAGCUGUGCAGGGCAGCGACGGCUCCGCAUACACAACCUGGCCCUGAACUGCUGUACCCAGCUAGCUGAUCUGUAUCGAAACUGUGAGACCGACACGCUCAUUAACUACAUGGCCAAGUUUGCAUACCGGGGGGUCCUAAACAGCCCUGUGAAGACUGUUCGUGACACUCUUAUCACCCAGUGUGCUCAGAUCCUGGCCUGUUACAGAAAGAACUGUGCCAGCCCCUCCUCUGCAGGACAGCUGAUCCUUCCUGAGUGCAUGAAGCUACUCCCAGUUUACCUGAACUGUGUGUUGAAGAGUGAUGUCCUACAGCCUGGAGCUGAAGUCACUACUGAUGACCGUGCCUAUGUCCGACAGCUGGUUACCUCCAUGGACGUGGCUGAGACCAAUGUCUUCUUCUAUCCUCGGCUCCUACCUUUGACAAAGUCUCCCAUUGAGAGUACCACUGAACCACCAGCAAUUCGAGCAUCUGAAGAGCGUCUAAGCAAUGGGGAUAUAUAUUUGCUGGAGAAUGGUCUCAAUCUUUUCAUCUGGGUGGGAGCAGGUGUCCAACAGGGUGUUGUCCAGAGCCUCUUCAACGUCUCCUCCUUCAGUCAGAUCACCAGUGGCUUGAGUGUUCUGCCAGUUCUGGAUAAUCCGCUGUCCAAGAAGGUGCGAGGCCUCAUUGAUAGCUUAAGGGCACAGAGAUCGCGGUACAUGAAGCUUAUCGUGGUGAAGCAGGAGGACAAGCUGGAGAUGCUGUUCAAGCACUUCCUGGUGGAAGACAAGAGCCUGAGUGGGGGAGCAUCCUAUGUGGACUUUCUCUGCCAUAUGCACAAGGAGAUUCGGCAGCUACUGAGCUAGAGCAAGUGGGUAAAGGGCAUAAGGUCUCAGGCCAGCUUCCAGAAAGUACCCCAGGGUAGCAGGGAAAUCAGGACAGUUCCAUAUCUUAUAAGUCAUGUAAGCUGACCUCAGUCUCUUUGGGGGGAGGGAGAGGCAUAAGGAGACACCUUCUUUCUGGGCUUAAGUAUCCUCCCACUCUAUCAUGUCCUGCUGAUAGAAGGUGCCACUAUCCCCUCUCUUUGCCCUUCUUUUCCUGCUAAUCCGGUUGUAAUGAAUGUAGUUUCUCAGUUCACUGUAUAUGAUUCAGUUGGGGGAUUUGGAGGUACCCGGACCCUGGUGAUACCAUGUCCCUAUGGACCAACCUCCAAAAGAGGGAACAGGCAGGAAGGAGUGGGGAUCCCAGGGUUACUAUGGGGGCGGGGGGUGCUAAUUCAGCUCAGUGCCAUCAACAACUUCCUAUAUUAGGGAUAAAACAUACAGAUGCACAAGAGCUAGGGUUUAAACCUUAGGUGGUGGAGAGAAAAGUGGUUUGGUCCUUCAUGAGCCUGGAAGUCAGCAGCCAAGUCAAAAUUACUGAGGAUGGUUGAUUAGCUUUCUCUGCUUCCAUGCUUUUGUUCUCUCCUGCAAUGACUGGUGAUCACUCCGUGGAUAGAGGCACGCUGUCAGUGGUGAAUGAACCUGGGAACUGAGUUGCAAAGUAUAUUAAGACCUGGGGGAGGUACCAGCCUACUUUCCAGCUGGAGAGACCCCAAUACUGGAUGGUUCUGUAGGAAGCCUGGUCAUCAACUUGCAAUACCUCACAGAGCCAGCCCACAUCCCACUCUGAGCUCCCACUGGAAACGCUGCUUCUCCAAGCUGGGGAUUGUUGGGGAGAGAGGCAGAGGUGGCCAGAGCUCUGUACUCUCCUCCCGGGACACCACUCGGGCUCUGGUAUUGAUAAAGUGGCUGACAGUUAUCUUCCAACCCGAACUGACUGGAGCAGGACAAGGGCUAGGCUUGAUGCUGGCCAGGCUUCCCUACUCCCAGCCUGGGAUGCCCCUGCUCUGGACUUCUCAUUUCUCUUCAUUGGUUUAUUUUUCAAUGCAUCUUUAAUUUGUAAAGAAAUAAAGUAAAUUAAGAUGUAA